AUACAAUAUAAUAUAAUUCUUGUGCAUUUGAUCUCUCAUAUAAUAUUUUCUUCAACUUGCUUUUUGUGAAGAUCAGAUACUAAACUUAUCAUGGGGGAUUCCCCUGCUUCUUACAUAUACAUGCAUCUGAUAGAAAAGUGUCUAAUUUUUCACAUGACUAAAGAGGAAUGCAUAGAGGCCCUUUCCAAGCAUGCAAAUAUCAAAUCUGUCAUCACUGUUACUGUGUGGAAUGAGUUAGAGAAAGAGAACAGGGAGUUCUUCGAGGCAUACGCUAAAUCACAUAAUAAAAAUCGCGCAAUAGAGGCAAAGGCAGAGGUAGAGGCAGAGGUAGAAGCAAGUACAAUGAUUCAGAAAUUGUUAUUGGAUCAUGAUCAUACUAAAAAAUCAGACAGGGAAUAACAAAUAAUCGUGUUGUUGAUUGUAACGUUGAAAAAAAUUAUGUUCAAACAAGCAAGUAUGUCAUGGUUCGAGGAGCCUAUGUGUCGUGUAUAGACCUAAAAAACUUCAACAGUUUGUGUAGCCAUAAAUCCUAUUGUAUUCAUUAAUAUU